CAGAAUGGCACCCAAGUCCACCAGAGGCACAAAGUGCUUGUUGCACGUACACCACACGUCUUAAAACCCCUGUGCUGAUCUGGCCUUGCGCACUGAUGCUGACGGAUAACGGCGCUGCACGACCAUUUCUGACGCGCAUAAAAUAUCGCCAUACAAUAUUUCUUGAAUCGUGCAAAGAUGAUUUUUUUCUGUGUGUAGAAAUAGAGAGCGCUGGUGGGGUUAAAGAGCCUUCAGGGGUUUGACUCCCUAGCGCUGAGCAGGGCUCCAGCCGGUCAGUGUGACGGAGGGUGGUGAUUUUACAGGUUAGAACGCGCAGUUCUUUCAGCCUCGGUUUAUUUUGUCGAAGGCGAAUACAGUUGCUUGAGCCGAGACCUCGUCUCUCAGCUCCGGCUCGCUGUUCCGGGCGGCGCCGCUCGCUGCCCUGCUGCGGGGAAAACGCGCUGUCCAGCGGAGGGUCAGCGCGCCGGACACCGGCCGGCUCGGCGCCCCGCUCGCGGGAGCAGGCUGACGCGCCGCCGGCAGUCCGACAGCUCUGGCGCGUUUCCAGUGAUUGAAAAAACACUUCCUUGUCCAGAUGUGACCGAGAGCACCUUCACUCUCGCACGCUCCGACAAGAGGAAGAAACUGCUGAGCCCCGGGCUGCACGGAGAGCAGUCUUGACGCGCAGUGGGCUCCAGCGAGCUGGAGGAGAGCACUUUGUCUCUUUGAGCCAUGGACCACCGGCACCUGGCGGCGUUCGUGGAGAAGACGAGGGCCCAGCAGGCGUCCGGCUGCGGCGCCGAGGACCGACUGGCGGCGGAGUACAGCGCCAUCCGCACCGAAACGGUGGCGAUGAAGCUGAGCCUGGGCCUGACGACGGACAUGGGGGCGCUGAAGGGGAACCUGAAGAAGAACCGCUACAAGGACAUCCUGCCCUACGACCAGAGCCUCGUACCCCUCACCCUGCUGGCGGACCAGGGCGCCCCUGACUACAUCAACGCCAGUUUCAUCCAGGGUGCAGCUGAACACAGGAGCUACAUCGCCACUCAAGGCCCCCUGCUCAACACGUUGGGAGAUUUCUGGAGGAUGAUCUGGCAGUACAGAGUGAAGGUUAUUGUCAUGGCCUGCAGAGAAUUCGAGAUGGGAAAGAAAAAAUGUGAGCGUUACUGGCCAGAGCUCAAUGAGACAUCCACGUUUGACCCUUUUCUUGUGUCAUGCCUGGAGGAAUCGUCGCCGAACAAGGAGGUGAUUGUGCGCACCCUUAAUGUGCAGUUUCAGGGGGACACACACAGCGUCUCGCAGUUCCAGUACACAGCCUGGCCUGACCAUGGCAUCCCAAACUCAGCAGACAGCAUCCUGGGAAUGAUGAAGAUGGCCCAUUCCAAGCAAGGGAACGACACUGCCCCCAUUCUGGUCCACUGCAGCGCUGGAUGUGGCAGAACUGGGGUGAUCUGCACCAUCGAUUACAUCCACGACCUCCUGCAGACUCGGCGGAUCACCGCGGACUUCAGCAUCAAGGACAUCGUGCUGGACAUGAGGCGGCAGAGACCCGCGGCUGUGCAGACCAAGGAGCAGUAUGAGUUUUUACACAGCACUGUGGCCCAGAUGUUUGAAAAGACCUUGGAGUCCAAUAGCUGUAACUACAAGAGCCAGACCGAGGACAGAGCCCCCCUGUACGACAAUGUGGACCCAGUGACGAAGGUGCAGAAAGGCAGCUCACCCAUCAGGAACAACGGUCUGCAAACCCCAAGAAAAGCUCCUGUGAAGCCUCAGACUUCAGCGCCCCCCAAGGGUCAGAACAUGAACGACACCUACGCCGUGGUAAACAAGCGCAAGCCCCUCCAGCCCAGAGACCCUGCUGCCCAGCCCCCCAGUCCCUCGGACGGCCUUCCCAUGGUGCACCACUACGACAACGAGCCCCUGGUCUCGCUCAGACCCAAGAGCGCCCCCGCGAAUGUCCUCUACAGCACCGUCAAGCCCAAGCCCAAGGCCAGGUUCGCCGGCUCGCCGACCACACUGCCCACGCCCCUCUACGACACAGCGGCGCCGUCCAGUCAGAGACAGGCGGGCGGGGCUUUCCUCCUGGCCUCCCCCGUCUCGGACCCGGGCAGCUACGACUUCCCUGGGGGUGUAUCUGAAAGCCUGAGAUGGGAUCAGAAGGCACUAAGCUCCUACACAGCAAAAAAGAACUUGGAAAGCCCUGCGUCCACAGAUGAUGACUAUGAGUACGUGUCCAGUACCAGGAAAGAGGACACGGACUACUGCACCGCCAACGGCCUGGGGUUCAACUGCCGGAUCAAGAAGCCGAAGGGACCCCGGGACCCUCCGGCCGACUGGGGCCGGGCGGAGCGAUAGACGUUCCUGCACUUGGGACUUCGGAGUCGGAGGGGAGGAGCUGCUGAAGUCCCGGAGAUUUCACGCCACGCCUCGUGACUCUCCUUCCUCCAGGAACAGCACAGCGUGGACCUCCGACAGCCCACAGCUUCUCCCUCUGAUCCUGGGAGCCAGAGCCCACUGGCCAGUCCUGCCGACACGAAUGGGAUGCACAGCCGGUUGGGCCCUCUGUCCCAGCAACAGCUAGGAUGGGGAAGAUUUAGCCACGCCCCUUGGACAGCCAGUAGCACGUCUCCUCAGGGAGAGCCAUACAACAGCGUGAGCGCUCCCUGCAUUCAGCUGCACAGCUGGAAGACCUGUCUGAGACACGCAGGAGCUCUGCGACGGUCCUCAGACUCUCACGUGUUCCAGGACAGAGGAAGGGUGUGCAAUUAGGGCAGAUUAAUUUCACAUUCAUUUUCUAGAUCAGUGUGGCUACAAACAUACACGAGUGCUGGGGUGCGUGUUCUCGAUCUCCAGGAGCACAGCGUGUGGUGUGGCUCAUUCACAGAGCCCCCUUCCGUAGUCUCCAGAGUUCUGGGAGCACUGGAGGGGACACCGUGCUCUGAUUCGGUCCUGUCCGCCUGGACCGCGUGGCAGGACUCUGGACUCCGGAGAGGAAGAUGGUGCGUGAUUACUGCAGGGCUGGAGCUGAGACACACGCCGCUCGUGUGCCGGCUCAAGUCUCCCGCUCAGUCCCGCGUCGGAGCUCUGUGUGGAUCGGGAAGGCACGCCGGGAGAAUGUGUGAUGUGUGGGUUGCGAGACAGUGGCCGGGGAAGAGGCACGGUCCGUGCUGAGAGAGAGAGAGGGGAAGUGAGGACAUAGCCUGUUGCUUGCAUUAGCUUCCGAGCAACAUACGGACAAAACUCCAAAUCUGACCAGCUGUUUCUACAGCGUCAGGCUCUGCAGUUACUGAACACCACGUGCAUAUGCCAAUCACCCCUCAUACUCAGUGAACACCCCCGUUUCUCUCUGGCCUCUGACUAUCACUAACCCCAGAAGCACUCUCAAUCAACGCUGUCUUCCUUUAGUGUUGCUGUACAAGUGAGGAUCUUCAUGCUUGGCACAGCAAAUCGGAAUAGAAGCAAGACAGUUUAAACAAGGAAAGCUGAAUCCACCUCUAAAUAUUUAUUUUGAUCUCAAAUGUAUGAAACUGAAGUUCAGACAGAAUAUAGGAAUGCUUUUACUAUAUGGCCACAUGCGUCAGUGUGUGUAUUGUAGAGUGUGUUAGUUUGAAUACCUGUGUCGAUGUAUAGAUUCAGACAUUAACGUCAACACCGUCCAGCGGUACGAGAGCUGGCCUGUGGACGAGCUGGAGAGAGAGAGGGUGAAAGAUGGAGAAGGAGGGGAAAAUACAGGGGUGACAGACAGAUGAAGAAACGGCAGGGAAGGAGGAUGAGAGGGGGGAGUGGGGAGGAACCAAGUGCUGAAUUGUUGAGCACAAAGAGACGCGACAUCAAAUCAGAUGUGACCCAGUGUGGCAGAGUGAGCUUCACUAUCGCCACCCCCAUCCUGAACCUGCGGUCAACUACAAUCUUGGCUGAAAUUCUCCUUUAGGCUAAAAGGGUCUAUUUGAGAGUGAUGAAGAAUUUUGCUGUGAUCCCAGGAGUCUUGCUCGUGGCGUUCGUAGCCUUGUCCAGCAUCGUCUGCAGAGGGAUUAAAAAAUACAUGUGGGCUGUAGUCAUUAUUUUUGUUUGGGGGAAAUGUUUCUGUAAAUAGUUCUGGUGUCAUUUUAACUUGUGUCGAAUGUGAAAUAUAUUGUUAAUGAAAA